AAACAGUCGUGAGCAGGAAGAGGGAAACGAAAGCAGAGAACUAGGGGGGCCGACGUAUUUAAACACGAUGCUGCCGCUGCAUAAUAACGGUGACAGCGGCUUGGUACGGAGGAGUGCGUCUGCAGCGCGCCCAUUUAAGAAAGACGCACGGACACGGAGAUCCUCGCAAGUCUCCUUUUGAUCGAAUUGAUGGUGUUUUAAUUCAGAAAACGGACAGUCCUCAAAGUCGCUGCAGGAUGAUGACAGAGAUGACAUGGAAGUGUCAGCGCGGGUUACUGCCUCAGGAAAUGAUGACAGUGUCCUCCAUCAUCGCUUAGCUGCUUAGAGCGAAAUUGCCUUGCCUUGCGGCCAUUUCCACAGGAAUCAAUUGCCUGUUAAUUUCACAGCCAAAAAGUCUAAACGGGGGUGUUAGUGGCGUCUUGGAGACUGUGGGAGCAGGUGCAGCCCGUCUUGACUUCAAUCUCCCCCCAAGCAGCUUCACAGGUAGCCGCUGAGCCGGCUGGGGACUCCAAAACCGGAUCAGACUACAUAUCAUAUUUUAGAAAAUGACAUCCACUAUAGAGAGGAAGACACUGGAAGCCAAUGAGGAGCCGGUGGAUGAGGUCCUCCAGAUGCCACCGUCUCUGCUGACAUGUGGUGGGUGUCAGCAGAGCAUCGGUGACAGAUUCUUCCUAAAGGCCAUCGAGCAGUACUGGCAUGAGGACUGCCUGAGCUGCGACCUGUGUGGCUGUCGACUUGGUGAGGUGGGCCGCCGGCUCUACUACAAGCUGGGAAGAAAAUUAUGUCGGAGAGAUUACCUCAGGCUUUUUGGUCAGGACGGUCACUGCGCUUCCUGUGAGAAGAGGAUUCGAGCAUUUGAGAUGACGAUGCGUGUGCGGGACAAGGUUUACCAUUUGGAGUGUUUUAAGUGUGCUGCCUGCCAGAAGCACUUCUGCGUGGGUGACCGCUACCUGCUCAUCAACUCAGACAUUGUGUGUGAGCAGGACAUCUUUGAGUGGACCAAACUCAACAAUAACAACAUGAUUUAGCAUCACUCUGCCUUUUCACCACAGGCUUUAAAGGGAAUGAACCAUUGAUAAACAGACUUUUUACAGCCUGUGCAAACUUCACCAUGCAUCUGACAUUCAAAUGGAAUCAUUGUAAUACAAAAGGAGAGGCUACAUCUUUGCAUUGCUCCCUGCUGGAGACUAAUGAAGACUGCACCAGCAAUAACAGAAAGCUUUUCACCUAAGGCUUCAUCCUUAAAUGCAAAAAAUACUUGACUGAAAAUAGUUAAACACGCAAUAAUAGUUGUUUGUUAUACACACUGAGAUUUUAGAAUGUAAGUAAUGAACAAAAAAAUAUCUUUGUCAAGUUUCUUGUUGUAAAACACUGUUGCAUUGUCUCAGUCUGGUCUGAAAUGUUCAAUAAUUGUAAGUGACUGUUUUAUUUUAUGGGUCUCUAAUGUCCUGAGGAUUUCCUGGAAAGAACUAUGUAAUUAUCAAGUUAUAUUAUUAUAAUUAUAAAAUAGGAACUGCUCCAUGUUCAUUAUUGGAAACUUAAUUUUCCAUAUAUGUUAAAUUGUAUUCUUGCCUGUGUUCAGCUUACCCGCUGCACUAACUGAAAGAUUUGAACAGUGAGUAUUUUCUAUGAAUAUUAUAAAAUUAGGUUCUCUGCAGGAAAUGUCCCUAGGAGCUCAGCAAGAAUUUAAUGGGAAAUUACAGACCUGUAAAAUAAAGCAUUACCAGAUUUUCAUGUUAUAAAUGGAAUACCUUGUCCAUUUUCAAAAGUCCUGAAUGAUUGUACUGUAUUGCCAGCUUGAACUGGUGGCGCCCUCUAGUGAUAGAUGGAACCAAUGCAAUACCAAUUUUACUGACUUUGGACAUGUUUCCUGUGUCUCUUUUGUAACUGCUACAGCACUCUGGACACGCACCCAAGACUUUUUGGAUAUUUACUUGUCAAUUUAUUAAAUAAAUUACAAUUGAGAGAAAUACUGAU